AUGCACUGGCGCUGGUGUGAAGGCGCUGACGGGUCAUGGGCUGGUUGGCCACUAGGGAAGCGGUUCUGGUGGAGGCGGUCUGGGAACGAGCCGGAGGCAACGCAGAUACAGCGAUGUCCCCUCACGGCUAGGCCAUCUAUUCAGUCCAUUUAUCACGAUGAUGUCACAUCAGCGCCUCCCGCCGUGAUUCGUGAAAUUCGACGGUCUUGUCCCCUGAUGGCGGAUGUUCGACCGACUCGUGGAGCCUCAUGUGGGCUGGGAGAAGUUUGGGGUACCAUGUGCAUCACGACAGACUGCAGAGAACUGUCUGCGGCCGCUGUCAAUCUGCAGCACAAGGACAUGGAUCAAUCUGUAAUGUGA